UGACGAAACGAACUGCCACCAUCUCCUUACUCCCUUCUUAUCCAUGUCCACAGCUCGCGUUCGCCGUGAAGAGGACGUACGACAUGCAGAGGAUCUUCAGACGGAGGCUGGAAUACGAGUAGCUGCGCGAGCGACUGCUAUUGGUCUCGGACUUUCUAUCAUUGCACACUAUGCAUGGCCUUGGUAUAGACGACAACCAAUGUCCUUUAAAGGCUUCCUUGUCACAACUUCUGGUGUCUUUGGUUUGGUAUUCGGGGCUGAACAUGCACUCCUUGAAUACGAGGCGGAACGUCGCGUGCAAGAAAACGCCGUCCGCAGACAAGCCCGAUUAGAACUUACUAGACGUGGAAUCGUCCCGACAGAAACCGAAAUCAACAAGUGGAGGUUAGCAAAGGAAGAUACGGGAGAGUAGUUCAUGACAUCGGCAGCAAAUGCCAUUGAAUUCUCAUAUGUCAAUACGUUCCUAUUAGUUUUCGACGAUAACAGAAUGCUGGGAUAUGUAUCGAUGUCCCAAAUAUGCAUAUUACUUGAUGAUUGAUGCG